CAGUAGUCAAUCCAAUCCAGACAGCCGAUAAGAAACACGGAAAUACUCGGAAACGCUCCAUGAAUAUUUGUCCUUGACUACUUAAUCGCUUUUCUUAAAACCCUGAUGUUAACGCCGUCAACGCUGUUGUUUUCCUCUCCUUAACACCACCAGUAACACGGCGGACGCGCCCAUUCUGUGUGAACUCUGUGUUUGCUGUGCUGCAAGGUUCAGCAAUGUGUGCGUGUGCAGUGCUUGCUGCGCGACUUUUCGAAUAGACGUGGGCGAUACACGCUGGACCACAUCACAGAUGAUCUUCUCGAGCAAGCAUUCAGAGGGCGCUUGUUGGCAUGGCAGACGAGGAGGAGCAAGAGAACGAGCUGCUUGUUCUGGAGAGCAUUUACGACGCCUCGGUCUUCGGAGUGAGAAAGAAGCAAGGCCACUACCCCGAAGGACAUUUCCUCGCUCGCGUUGAAGUACCCAAGCCGUUCCGCGUGCUGGUGCCUAGAGUGAAUGCCCCAGAAGAAAUACAGGAGAUUUCGCUGGAACAUUUGCCUCCAAUUGUUUUGGACUUUCAGUUGCCUGCCAACUACCCCUCUAAAUCUGCACCUCGUUUUUGCCUGAGCUGCCCAUGGCUUACAUUGAAAGAGCUGGAGCAGUUAAGCCAUGCGCUAGAUCGCAGCUGGCAUCAGGACCGAAACACUGUGGUGCUGUACCGCUGGAUGACAUUGCUGGACACUGAAGCAGCAGACAUUCUGCGACUGUCAUCUAGCCACACCUUGGUGCCUCUCUUCAAGGAGCUGACCAGACUGCGUGCAUAUGGGAGAACAAAGUGGAAAAAGUGCUACACAUACCGUGGCAAUGGACGCACUGAUUUGCGUGUCUUUAAGGAGGCAGUAGACCCGCUAACAUUGACCACUCUUCUCACUGAGUAUAACAGCCGAGAAAAGCGGCGGCUGUUUGACCUACAGUGGCUGACCUGCCAGGUGUGUCUGACAUCCAAGUUGGGCUCGGAGUUUGAACUGGUGAUUGGCUGCGACCACCCGUUCUGCCGGAGCUGCCUCCGCGAGCACUUUCGCAUCCAAAUCGAGAGUGGCUGUGCCAACCAGCUCCGCUGUCCACAGGAGAAAUGCACCACGCAGGUGGUGCCCACACAGGUGAAGGCGCUAGUUGGCGAUGCUCUUGGCUCACGCUAUGAGGAGAGCCUGCUCAGUGCCUACCUGGACUCCCAGGAGGACCUGACCUACUGCCCCCGGCUACAGUGCCAGCGGCCAGUGGUGUUAGACCCGGGUCUGCCCAUGGCACAGUGUGCCAGUUGCCAUUUUGUUUUCUGCCUCUACUGCCGCAUGGUGUACCACGGGGUCCAGCCCUGCCGUCUCAAGCCUGGGGAACAGAGGGCUAUCCGAGAUGAAUACCUGUCAGCAACUCCAGCGGCGAAACAAGCAAUGGAGAAGCGGUAUGGGAGGCGCACGCUGCAGCUUCUGGUGGACGAAUCGCUCACCCAAGACUGGAUGCAAGAGAACAGCAAGAAGUGCCCGCACUGUGGCAUUUCCAUCGAGAAGCAAGAUGGCUGCAACAAGAUGACUUGCUGGCGCUGUGGAACCUAUUUCUGUUGGAUCUGUGUGGUGGCCCUGAAGGCGUCCGGGAACCCAUACCAGCAUUUCAGUGAUCCCAGGUCCAGCUGCUUUAACAAGCUGUUUGAAGGGGCAGAUGAGAUUGCCGAAGAGGACGACCACGAAUUUGGAGAGUUUUUGUGAACAUUUGUUACCUCUACGGUUCCUGUCCAAGACAGUGCCUAGUUUUUUUCCGAGCCUCAUUCAGGCUGUGUUUGGCUCACAACACUGCAGCUGAUUGGAUCACCGUAGAUGACAUGGAAGUCAUGACGGUGGCAUGAAAAACUGGAUGUGCACCAUGGAAAGCAACAUGUAUCCCAAGGAAGCACUUCAAUAUAACUUCUGUAAUAAAUUCUUUUUUUUUUUUCCACCUUUUGCAAAUGAGAUUUCAAAGGUCCCCUCGCCAGGCUUGGCCAUUUCAAGCAGACAAGCGCAGUCUAUACAAUGUGUGCUGAUGAUUACAUCUGCAAAAUAUUGCACCGCUACGCGCUGCAAUGACAGCUGGAAUUUCAAACCAAAUGCCAUGCGUCGUUCUCAAGGGAGCCGCUCUUAUCCGGAGAGUCGAGAUCAGACGCGCAAGUGCGCCUACAUAAUUCGUAUUUCUGAAAUGUCACUCGCUGCGACGCCAUGUGACUUCAAGAAUAAUUCAAGGCUACACCGAUUAUUUGUUUGAUCUGCUGCUUCAUUAGACGAUUAAAAGUUUAGAGAAAUAAUAAACCCUACAAACCGAACAUCUGCAAAUUUUUGUUUUACUCCUUGCCUUAGCAAGAGAGAUGUACUUCUGUUUUGUUUGCUUCUUCCCACGUCAUGCAGUCACAUGUGCAGAAAACAAAGCUAUCUGCAAUCUUCUACGGGGUUCCAGCAUGCGAUCAUGCUCUUUGGUCUACUUGUGUCUGCCUCAGUGCUUGUGUGGCACUGACUUAAAUCUCUAGUCAGGUGUUCUCAUGCAUAGCGCACAAAAUUCUGUGCUGCGCGAAAUGACAAGUGCAACAGCUCGCACACGAAACCAUCACCUGAAGUGCGCCACACAGCAGGAACACAAGAGGGGGGAAAAAGGGCAACCUGUGACGUAUGCGUUACGUGAUCCCCUGGCUUUGGCAUGUGAGAAUGCAUGGAAGAACUUUCGCUUGCGGAGGCUAGACGGGGGAAAGUAGAGAAAAUGUCUAUGUUAGCAGUGGAGCUUUCCUCCUGAAAUCAUGAGUUUGCAGCGCUUCAAAUAGUAUUAUUUGCGCUGUUAAUGAAAAAUUCUUCCAGUAGAAUGCUCCUUAUGGGGCACGUAAUGACUUUCAGCGUAUAACCAAAAUUUGCUAGGUAGCCUGGUGAGGGGCCUUUUAAGAAGCAAAUCUCUCCAAGUCCUUGUACAUUAUUAUAUGCCUAUGAUUUAUUCCUGGGACACGCAUACAGCAUACAACACGCAUACUCAUUUUGAAGUAGCAUAGACCGUAAAUGUUCCCACAAGCGCCUGGUUUCCUACGUUACUUUUGCAGAAACCUUAUUGCUGUAUUGAAGGGACACUAAAGUCUCGCAAUGAAUCAUUUUUGACUAAUGAAGUAUUCUUUCCACUCAUUUGGCGAAAAGUCGAUAAAAUAUUGAUUGUUUUUGGAGAUGAAAACUAAGCUUCCCUUUUCUUUAAUUUUACAUUGAAACCUCAACACACACAUGACUGUGUGGUGUCACAAGUGUGAAAGUACAUAAAGUGUUCACGGGAUGUAUGUAUGCCAUUUUGUUAUAUUAACUGCUUCCGUUGUAUUUAUGUACAUAAACAGAUCGAGAUAAAGCGCUGUACAACAAUACGGCAGCCUCUAUGACAGUG